CUCUUUUUUGGAAACUAUUUUUUUUUUUGCGUUGAUGACGACCCAAUCCAAUCCGUAUAUAUAUAUAGUCUGAGAGCAUGAAUUCGAUGAUCUUUGGUUCCCGACUUGCUAGGGCUGGAAGUUAGAUUCGUGAUCAGAGAGGUCAAACAUGGCUGACUUUGAUGAAUAUAUGGCUGAUGAGUACGACAUGGAUGACCUGGAGGAUGAGAUGAAUGCGGAGUUUGAUGCUAGAGACAUCGACGCAUCUGAUUCAGAAGUCGAAGAUUUAGAACAAUUGAACAAGGCUGCGGAUACUUCUGCAGCUCAAGCUCGGAACGGGAAGGACAUUCAGGGUAUACCGUGGGAUAGACUUAGCGUUACUAGAAAAGACUACAGAAAAACUAGGCUUGAACAGUAUAAGAACUAUGAGAACGUCCCCCAUUCCGGAGAGGAAGCUGGGAAGCAUUGCACGGAUACCGAGAAAGGCAGCUCUUUCUAUACGUUCAGGAGCAAUUCUCGAUCAGUGAGAUCAACCAUUCUUCAUUUCCAGUUGAGGAAUUUGGUCUGGGCUACAUCAAAACAUGAUGUUUACCUCUUGUCCAACUACUCUAUCAGCCACUGGUCUUCUUUGACUGGUUCCAGGAAUGAAAUUCUUAACGUUAAAGGUCAUGUAGCUCCUUCUGAGAAACAUCCGGAGAGUUUGUUGGAAGGAUUUACAGAAACUCAAGUUAGCACUCUUGCAGUAAAAGAAAGGCUGCUAGUUGCUGGUGGGUUUCAAGGAGAGCUCAUUUGCAAGCAUCUUGAUAGACCUGGUGUGAGUUUCUGCUCACGCACAACUUACACGGAAAACGCUAUCACCAACGCAGUAGAUAUAUAUAGAAACUCCAGUGGCGCUCUUCACUUCAUGGCCUCAAAUAAUGACUGUGGAGUCAGGGACUUUGACAUGGAGAGGUAUCAGCUUGUCCAACUCUUCCGUUAUCUUUGGCCCGUCAACCAUAGCUCCUUAAGUCCUGAUGGAAAACUAGUAGCAGUCGUUGGAGAUGACCCAAAUGGUCUAUUGGUAGACUCAAGCAACGGACAGACGAUCGGGACGCUAAAAGGUCACUUAGAUUAUUCAUUUGCAUCGGCUUGGCAUCACGGUGUGACAUUUGCCACAGGAAACCAAGACAAGACCUGUCGCAUUUGGGACACAAGGAAGACCUCGGAGUCAGUCGCUGUGCUAAGAGGUAACCUUGGAGCGAUCCGGUCAAUUAGAUUCACAUCAGACGGACGGUACAUUGCGAUGGCAGAGCCAGCAGAUUUUGUCCAUGUGUAUGAUACAAAAACAGGUUACAGAAAGGAGCAAGAGAUUGAUUUCUUCGGAGAGAUUUCUGGGAUCUCGUUUAGCCCAGACACUGAAUCUCUCUUCAUCGGUGUUUGGGACCGGACUUAUGGAAGUCUCUUGGAGUAUGGUCGAACCAGAGACUACUCUUAUCUCGAUUCAUUGCUUUGAUACAAUAAAAUUUUCAAAAUUAAAAAGAAACUUACAUAAAAUAAUCUGUUAUAUACCGUAUUGGUUAGAUUUCAUACCGACAAGAAAAGAGAGACUUCGAAGCUGUUCUGUUGUGUAACUCUAUUUGUUGUACUUUUAAAAUGUACAUUUCCAGAAAGUUGGGGAUUGUCUUGGGAUCAUAAAAUUAUCUUAGAAAGAUAUUUAGAUUUGGUUUGAAGAGAUAUUUAGAAGA